GUUGUCUUUCUUUUCUGUCCUCCCAUACUCUAUAAUCAUCCCUCUUCUUCUUAGCAACCCCAUCGCUACCGCUCCACCACCCCUUCCAGUCGCCGCCACGUCGAUCCGCCUUCGUUCUCGUCUCCGUCCUUCUAUCAGCCGCAUUCCAGCGCUCUCCUUCUUACAACCAAGAGCCUUAUCCCCAACCCAAGUCCACACCAUGACCAAGAGAACCUCUGUAUCCGGCAGCGGUUCGCUCAAGGACGUCGAUAUGGCCGCCGCCGAACAGUCUGUCAAGAAGCUCAAGGUCGACCAGCCCGUCUAUGCCUACCCCAAGGAUAAUUACACCAUCCAGUCCGAGUUCCUCAAAAAGUCCAAGUUCGAGGUUCUUUACAUGGCCACGCGGGCCCGUGCCGAGGUCCCCCGCCUGCUGCUCGAAUACGUCGGUGCAACGUACACCAGCGCUGCACCUGUGGACUGGCCUGCUGGUAAGAAAGACACCCCAUUCGGCCUUCUUCCUGUCCUGACCCAUUUCAAGCCAGAUGGGUCCGCUUUCACUGUGCCCGAAGUUCCUGCUUUGGUCCGUUAUCUGGCCCGUCUCUUUGGACUUGUUGGUGGGACUCUGGAAGAAGACGCCUUGCUGGAUGCGUGUUUCCAGUGCGCCGUCCAGAAUGUUCUUGACGUCUUAGUCAUGGAUAUCUGGAUGAAGCCUGAUCCUAAGAAGAAGGAAUGCAUCGACGCCGCCUUUGAGAAGUUAGCCCCCUACUUUGACGGCUUUGAGCGUUACCUCGUGAAGAAUGGCUCAAACGGAUAUCUUUUGGGCGAAAAAACAACGUUUGCUGAGUUCCCUUGGUUUGACUGGAUGGAUUAUUUCUACUCAGAGUAUCCAGAGCACAUGAAUGCCCUCGUUUCUGAGACUGUGCGACCUGCUGUUCACAAGUUGUACAAGCGCUUUGGGAGCAACCCUCGCAUCCGCGCGUACAUCGAGGGCGGUCGAUGGGAAUACCGCCCUGCAUCAUCCUUCAUUGGACUCUACUCAACCGGAGUCAGUGUCGACGAUUGGGAGCAAGCAUAUGAGUUCUACGCCAAAACGCUGGAAUUGCAAUGUGUGGAGAAUGUCCAGCCCGAGCACGGCGGCGAGGGCGGUAGAUACCUCGAAUUCGUAGCGAAUGAGCAGGAAAAGACAAAGUUCACUGUCUACUGCGCUGGAAAGAGUGAAGGUUCGAAGAAUGACAUUCCCAAACACAACACGGACAUCUCUUUCGCUGUCAGGGAUGUGAACGAGACCUACAGCAGAUUGGUCAAGAAGGGCGUCGAAUUCAAGAUGCCUCCUACAGAGAUGCCCUGGGGAUCCAUGGCGCAGUUUACAGACCCAGAUGGCAAUGUUCUUACCAUUAACUCGCUACCAGUGGCGGUGUCCAAGGACAAGUGAGCGGCCAUGUCUCGGCCUAGCGCACCCUAUGUAGCUAUGAGAAAUUUUGGGUCCUCCUUUCUACUAUCUUGUUUGUGUCGUUCCUAAAAUAAACGAGAAUUCUGCAACUGAG